AACCCGGUUACUAAUCCAACCGUUCAACAAUCUGCAGCUUAUCCGCUUCCUCAAGGACAGCAUUGCAUCACCAUAUCACCAUCCUCUGCCAUCUAACGUUUCCUCCCCCUUCCCCCCCCCGUAUAUACCCUCUCUCAGCAUUGCCGUCCCUUCUCUAGCAGCCGGGGCAGGGUACCCUUCUUUUUUUGUCUUGCCUCGUUCUUGCGUUCCGUCUAUUGCGCUCUAUUCUCUCCUUUCUUACCAGGUUGGCGCGGCACCGCGAGGGCUCCGCCCGUCGAUUCCUCGCUCCGGCGUUUCUUUUUCAUCACACAUGCAUUCCCCUGCCUUCUCCUGCCGGCGAUGCCCUUGCUAGGCAUGGGCAGCGGGAGACUGGCGAUCCUGCGCGACUCCGCGACUGACGGCCACCGCACCCGGCUGCUUGUGCUCUUUGCGCUCUUGGUGUCGCCAUGGCUGGGCGUGGCGAGGGCGAUGCGCCCCAGUCGCGCCGCCGAGUUGAGGCAAGAGACGGUCGGCAUGUUCUACCACGGCUUCGAUAACUACAUGAGGAUUGCGUUCCCCGAAGACGAGUUGCGGCCCGUCUCUUGUUCUCCCUUAACUCGAGAUCCCCUCAACCCGAGGAACAUUGCGCUCAAUGAUGUCCUGGGCAACUACUCCCUAACUCUUAUCGACAGUCUCUCGACCCUCGCCAUCCUCGCCUCCGCGCCCCCGGAUAGUAGAGACACGGGCCCGAAAGCCCUCGGCGAUUUCCAGGAUGGUGUUGCCGCCUUGGUGGGUCAGUACGGAGACGGCCGACCCGGCCCGUCGGGCCAGGGUGCUCGCGGUCGCGGAUUUGAUGUAGACAGCAAAGUCCAAGUAUUCGAGACCGUGAUAAGAGGUGUCGGCGGUUUGCUCAGCGCCCACCUAUUCGCCGUUGGCGACUUGCCGAUUAUUGGCUACGACCCGAGGACUGAUGAGGAUGUCGACAUUCAGAAACAUCCCAUAUCCUGGCCCAACGGUUUCAAGUACGACGGACAGCUGCUGCGACUCGCCUUCGACUUGGCCCAGCGCUUGCUCCCGGCUUUCUACACCCAGACCGGAUUGCCGUAUCCGCGGGUCAACUUGCGUCACGGGAUACCGUUCUACCAUAAUUCCCCACUCCACGGGGGUGUCGCCUUGGACCCAAAGCCGGCCGAAGACUCACCCGAAAUAACCGAAACUUGCAGUGCCGGCGCAGGGAGCUUGGUGCUAGAGUUCACCGUCUUGAGCCGGCUUACGGGAGACCCAAGAUUCGAGCAAGCGGCCAAGAGGGCCUUCUGGGCCGUAUGGUCGAGGAGGAGUAGCAUCGGCCUCAUCGGCGCCGGUGUAGAUGCCGAGGAGGGCAACUGGAUCGGAGGGUUCACGGGUAUCGGCGCGGGGAUCGACAGCUUCUUUGAAUAUGCUCUCAAGACCCAUAUCUUACUGUCGGGCCACGAACUGCCCAAUUUGACUGUGCCCAAUCAAGUCCAUGGCGAGAAUUGGCUCGACCCCAACCAGAUCUACCGCCCUCUUACCGAUGAGGACAACUCUCCUGAUUCCUUCCUGCAGGCUUGGCACCACGCCCACGCUGCGAUCAAGAGACAUCUGUAUUCCGGCCUCCACCAUCCGCAUUACGUAAAUGCGCACAUGUCUACGGGGUCGCCGCAGGCGUACUGGAUCGAUAGUCUGGGCGCAUAUUACUCUGGCCUGUUAGCGCUUGCCGGGGAACUGGGCGAGGCCAUCGAAACCCAUCUCGUUUACACGGCUCUCUGGACUCGUUACUCCGCCCUUCCGGAGCGGUGGUCCGUCCGUGACGGGAAUGUCGAGGGCGGAUUGGGAUGGUGGCCCGGCCGGCCGGAGUUCGUCGAAUCCACAUACCACCUAUAUCGUGCCACCCGCGACCCCUGGUACCUCUACGUAGGCGAGAUGGUGAUGAAGGAUAUCAACAGGCGAUGUCGCACGAGAUGCGGCUGGUCCGGCCUGCAGGACGUGCGCACAGGAGAGAAGAGUGACCGGAUGGAGAGCUUUUUCCUAGGGGAAACCGCCAAAUAUCUCUAUCUUCUAUUUGACUGGGACCAUCCCCUUAACAAGCUCGAUGCCUCUUACGUGUUUACUACGGAGGGACAUCCCUUGAUUCUCCCCCGGAAGAAGGGGGGGAAUCGAGUCCCCAAACCGUCGCCGGGAAAAGCCGCCCAACCCUACUUCGACGCUCAUUUCACUACCACGUGUCCCCGUCCCCCUGCUCUCCCCCCUCUGACCGGCUCUGCCACUGCUGCGAGGCCAGACCUAUACAAUGCGGCAACCCUGAUUCGUCUUCACCAAAUUCCCAACAUACACGGCAUCCCUGACGAAUCGGUUGUAAAUUCGGGUGGUCGCAGGGCGAAGACGAGUCUGUUGGCAAAGCCAACAGCGAACUACACCCAUUUCCCCUGGACAUUACCUCCUUCCAUGUUACCGACUGACGGGGUCUGUAUCGUAUCGAAACAAGCUCAAACGUCGGUGAUCGAAUUCCCUUCCAUUUCGCAACAACCCGCCGGCAGUGCUUUCAAUCUCAUGUUCGGCGGGCAUAAUCUCGUCCGUAUGGGAAGCGAGGGCAUUGCGAUUAAUAGUCUCUCUAGCCUUAAGCUGACCCUUCUUGCGGAGGAACCGCCGGAAACUUUCGAACGGGCUUGGAGAGUCUACAGCAUCGGCAACCUGCCCCUAGGCCGAGACGAGAAAGUGUUCAUCGGCCGCGACGUUCUCCAGGACAUGUCGGAUCCUCUAUUCCACCGCAUCCGGGACUCGGUCGUCGUCGACCUCCUUUUGCAGAUCGAAAUUCCUGAGCCGUCGCGAGAGCAAAAUUCGACUUCCGCCAGCCGGGAGCCUUCUCGCGAGACCCAAACGACCAUCGAACCCGAUAAACCUAUUGUCGGCGGGACCAACCUCUUCAGCUCGCUCUUUCAGCAGAUUACAUCCGUUCUGCGGGAGCCGACUAAGACUACGCUGGGCCCCGAGCCGAUGCCGAAGCCCGAGUACCGGUAUAUAGAGCUGCCCGCCAUCACGCCGGUGGGGGUCGGAGCUGCUCCGCUGCCCGAUAUUCGCGAAGCCCCGAACCCCCACACGGCAGGUUAUAUCGAGUCGCUGUCCUGGCAGCGCAUCUUCUUCGCCGACCAGGCCUGCGAAGGCAAACUCCCCGACACGGCGCCAAGGGGUCACCAAGUGAUCGUGAUGCGUCGAGGCGGGUGUUCCUUUUCAGAGAAGCUAGCCAACAUACCGUCGUUCGCGCCGAACCGGAACGCGCUACAGCUCGUCGUCAUCGUGUCGGACGAGAAGGACGAGGAGGAGGAGCCCGAAGACGAGAGCGGCGCGUGGAGCUUCAACUUCAUCCGACCGCUGCUACACGAGCCGCAGAGGACACCGGCAGGUAUCCCGCGGCAUCACCCCAUCGCCAUGCUGAUGACGGCGGGCGGCCAAGAAGCGUACGAGGCGCUAAGGACGACGAGGAGCCUGGGGAUACGCAGGAGAUACCACGUAGAAAGCCAGGGGCUCAAGAUCAACAAUCUGGUCGUCCUGUGACCGACUAGAAAAAAAGAAAAGAAUGACAAAGUCGAAUGGUGCAUACAUAGAGAUGGGUGGGUAGCUAGUUAGGUAUAACUAGGCACCGCGGACCUUAAGAAGAGGCGUAGACAGAUAGCGGCGCGUGGUCGUACGCUGUCCGGAGGGAACGAGCUAUAUAGUGACGACGCGCUGCGAUGUAGAUAUUUGGUGCUCGCGACUAUGUAUGUAUUUCCGUAGAGAGAGCCGUCGAAUGCAUGGAUUGACAGUACCAAGACACACGCCUCCUCCUCGGGAUACGCGGUUGCCUGCCGCCGCGUCUCGGGGCCGACAGGGCAACGUUUUUAUAUAGAUAAAGGGGGGAGGGGUGAGGGCAAGAAAGCGAGCGAACGGGCCAACGAGGUGGAUACGGCCCGGGACUCGUAUUCGACUUGUCCAUGAUCAUCGAUACGUUAUGCUGCUGCUGCUACGUAGACUGAAACCUUGCCUGUCGUCCCGAGUCCCCGCCGCCGCUAACAAAAGGCCCCCAGGAGGCUGCCUCCCGGAAAGUUUCCGUUGGGUUGGCGGGGGAUCGCGCCAAUGCGUAGCUGGGUAGGUAGAGGGAAUACCGUGAGUCUGGGUCUGGGUUCGGGAUACUCACGUUCUGCAGACCACAUAC